CUUACUGUGCCUGGAAGGAGCAGCACAGUGCCACCAUGCAGAGGUCCCCACUGGAGAAAGCCAACAUCUUGUCCAAGAUCUUCUUCAGCUGGACAAAGCCAAUUUUAAGGAAAGGGUACAGGCAGCGGCUAGAAUUAUCAGAUAUUUACCAAAUUCCCAGCGAAGAUUCUGCAGAUAAUCUUUCUGAAAGGUUGGAAAGAGAAUGGGACCGGGAAUUGGCAACAUCAAAGAAGAAUCCUAAAUUAAUCAAUGCACUGAAAAGAUGUUUUUUAUGGAAGUUUAUUUUUUAUGGUAUUUUAUUAUAUCUUGGGGAAGUCACAAAAGCAGUUCAACCACUUCUUCUCGGAAGAAUCAUAGCUUCAUAUGACCAAGACAAUUCUUUUGAGCGGUCGAUUGCUUAUUAUUUAGCAAUUGGCCUUUGUCUACUUUUUGUAGCGAGAAUGCUGCUUCUACAUCCUGCUAUUUUUGGUCUCCACCAUAUAGGAAUGCAAAUGAGAAUAGCAAUGUUUAGUUUAAUUUACAAAAAGACCCUAAAACUUUCAAGCAAAGUACUGGAUAAAAUAAGCACAGGGCAGCUUGUAAGCCUCCUCUCCAAUAACCUUAAUAAAUUUGACGAGGGUCUGGCUCUGGCCCACUUUGUCUGGAUUGCUCCACUGCAAGUUCUGCUGUUGAUGGGUCUGCUUUGGGAUCUGCUGCAAGCUUCAGCAUUCUCUGGUCUUGGAUUUCUUGUUAUAAUUGCCCUAUUUCAAGCAUGGCUAGGACGCAGGAUGAUGAAUUAUCGAGACAAGAGGGCAGGGAAGAUCAACGAGAGGCUUGUGAUCACAUCUGAAAUUAUUGACAACAUCCAGUCAGUAAAGGCUUAUUGCUGGGAGGAUGCCAUGGAGAAAAUCAUUGAAACCAUACGGGAGACAGAACUAAAGCUGACCCGAAAAGCCGCUUAUGUGAGAUACUUCAACAGCUCAGCCUUCUUCUUCUCGGGCUUCUUUGUGGUGUUCCUCUCUAUUUUACCACAUUUGCUAACAAAUGGAAUUUCUAUUCGAAAAAUCUUUACCACCAUUUCUUUCUCCAUUGUGCUUCGGAUGUCAGUAACAAGACAGUUCCCAUGGGCAGUGCAGACGUGGUAUGACUCGCUCGGAGUGAUCAAUAAAAUACAGGAUUUCUUACAAAAAGAAGAGUAUAAAUCACUGGAAUACAAUCUGACAACCACAGAAGUUGCAAUGGAAAAUGUGUCAGCUUCUUGGGAUGAGGGAAUUGGCGGGUUCUUUGAAAAGGCAAAACUUGAAGCAAAUGGAGACAGUGCUUCUAACGAAGAUCCAAAUCUAUUCUUCAGCAAUUUUUCUCUGCAUAUCACUCCUGUACUUUCAGACAUCAAUUUUAGGAUAGAAAAAGGGGAACUUUUGGCAAUUGCUGGGUCUACUGGAGCUGGGAAGACAUCACUUCUGAUGAUGAUCAUGGGAGAACUGGAGCCGUCGGCAGGAAAAAUUAAGCACAGUGGCAGAAUAUCAUUCUCUCCUCAAGUCUCGUGGAUCAUGCCUGGGACAAUCAAAGAAAAUAUAGUGUUUGGUGUUUCCUAUGACCAGUACAGAUACCUGAGUGUCAUUAAAGCCUGUCAGCUGGAAGAGGACAUCGCAAAAUUUUCCGAAAAGGAUAAUACAGUGCUUGGAGAAGGAGGCAUCACACUGAGUGGAGGACAGAGGGCCAGGAUAUCUCUAGCAAGAGCAGUAUAUAAAGAUGCUGACCUCUAUCUCCUGGACUCCCCAUUCAGUUACCUUGACUUGUUUACAGAAAAGGAAAUAUUUGAAAGCUGUGUUUGCAAGCUAAUGGCCAACAAAACUAGAAUUCUGGUCACUUCCAAAUUAGAGCAGCUUAAGAAAGCUGACAAAAUCCUACUAUUACAUGAAGGAAGUUGUUACUUUUAUGGGACAUUUGCUGAACUUCAAGAACAACGACCAGACUUCAGCUCUCAGUUGAUGGGCUUUGAUGCUUUUGACCACUUCAGUGCAGAAAGAAGAAACUCAAUAUUGACAGAAACUCUUAGAAGGUUCUCUAUUGACAGUGACCCAACAGCUGUCAAAAAUGAUGUUAAAAACAAGUCAUUUAAGCAAACUGCAGAACUUAUGGAAAAACGAAAAAACUCAAUUAUUAACGCUCGGAAAUCAAGCAGGAAAUUUUCUAUCAUGCAAAAAGCUCAGCAACAAAUGAGCGGAAUUGAAGAAGAAUCCACUACAGAACCAGGAGAAAGAAAAUUGUCCUUGGUGCCUGACUCCGAACAAGGAGAAGCAAUUUUACCCAGGAGCAACAUUCUUAACACAGGGCCCAAUUUUCAAGGACGAAGAAGACAGUCUGUGUUGAACCUAAUGACUGGAACAUCUAUAUCCCAAGGUCCAAAUGUUUACGCAAGAGGCGGUGCAUCCAUUCGGAAAAUGUCGAUGGCUCCCCAGUCCAAGCUGUCAACAGAUAUAGACAUUUACAGCAGACGCUCUUCCCAAGAUAGUGUUAUUGAAAUCAGUGAAGAAAUUAAUGAAGAAGAUUUAAAGGAGUGUUUCUUAGAUGAUACAGAGAGUAGUACGCCAACCACCACAUGGAGCACGUAUCUCAGAUACAUUGCAGCGCACAAGAAUUUAAUUUGCGUUCUCAUCUUCUGUUUAGUGAUUUUUUUAGUUGAGGUGGCUGCUUCCCUGGUUGGGCUAUGGCUUAUUAGCGAAAAUGCUCCUGAAGACAAUAGGACAAGCAAUGGGAAUUCAACUGGCAAGGACCCUGUAAUUAUCACCACUACUAGUGCUUACUACAUUUUCUACGUAUACGUUGGGGUGGCGGACUCCCUGCUAGCACUGGGCAUUUUCCGAGGCUUGCCUUUAGUGCACAGCCUUAUUACUGUCUCCAAGGUGCUCCACAGGAAGAUGCUACAUGCUAUAUUACACGCUCCUAUGUCCACCUUCAAUACAAUGAGGACAGGGCGGAUACUCAACAGAUUCUCAAAAGACAUAACAAUUUUAGAUGACCUGCUUCCCCUUACAAUAUUUGACUUCAUACAGUUGGUCCUUAUUGUGAUUGGGGCAAUCACUGUGGUAUCGAUUCUGGAGCCCUACAUCUUCCUGGCCACCAUUCCUGUCAUCGCUGCUUUUGUUUUACUCAGAUCCUAUUUCCUCCAUACAUCACAGCAGCUAAAACAACUGGAAUCUGAAGCUCGCAGCCCAAUUUUUACUCACCUGAUAACAAGUUUAAAGGGUUUAUGGACCUUAAGAGCUUUUGGAAGGCAGCCGUAUUUUGAAACCCUCUUCCACAAAGGGUUAAAUUUACAUACAGCCAACUGGUUCCUCUACUUGUCCACGCUGCGCUGGUUCCAGAUGACAAUUGAAAUGAUUUUUGUUAUCUUCUUCUGUGCUGUUACUUUCAUCUCCAUUGCAACAUCAGGUGCUGGACGAGAAAAGGUUGGCAUAGUCUUAACUUUAGCUAUGAAUAUAAUGAAUACUUUGCAGUGGGCAGUAAACUCAAGUAUUGAUGUGGACAGUUUGAUGCGUUCAGUUAGUAGAAUUUUCCGAUUUAUUGACAUCCCAAGAGAAGAUCUGAAACACGAAAACAAAAUUAAAGAAGACAAACUGUCUGAGGUUCUAAUAAUUGAGAAUGAGUAUGCAAAGAAAGAACAAGAAUGGCCGUUUGGAGGUCAAAUGACAGUCAAAGACCUUUCUGCAAAAUAUGUGGAUGGAGGCCAUGCUGUGCUGGAGAAUAUCUCUUUUAAUAUCAGCCCUGGCCAAAGGGUGGGCCUUUUAGGAAGAACUGGUUCAGGAAAAAGCACCUUGCUCUCGGCGUUUUUGAGAUUGCUGUCUACACAAGGGGAUAUUCAGAUUGAUGGAGUAUCUUGGCACACAACUCCUCUCCAAAAAUGGCGAAAAGCUUUCGGAGUUGUACCACAGAAAGUGUUCAUAUUUUCUGGAACUUUCCGUAAAAAUCUCGACCCCUAUGGAAAAUGGAACGAUGAAGAAAUCUGGAGGGUUGCUGAGGAGGUUGGUUUAAAGUCGAUCAUUGAGCAGUUCCCGGGCCAACUGGAUUUCAUUCUUCUGGAUGGUGGCUGUGUUCUAAGCCAUGGACACAAACAACUUGUGUGCUUGGCAAGAUCUGUCCUCAGUAAAGCCAAAAUCCUUCUCCUUGAUGAACCUAGUGCUCAUUUAGAUCCCAUAACGUUUCAGAUCAUUAGGAAAACGCUAAAACAUUCUUUUGCAAACUGCACUGUAAUACUGUCAGAGCACAGACUGGAGGCCAUGUUGGAAUGCCAGUUCUUCUUGGUAAUUGAAGAGAACACGGUGCGACAGUAUGAUUCUAUUCAGAAGCUAAUGAACGAAAAGAGCUACUUUAAACAGGCCAUUAGUCAUUCUGAUCGCUUGAAACUAUUCCCUCUACAUCGGAGAAACUCCAGCAAAAGAAAAUCCAGACCCAAAAUCACUGCCUUACAGGAGGAAACCGAAGAGGAGGCUCAGGAAACGAGACUCUAAGCACACACAAAUACAAAAGUAAAGUGGGAUCAUACGGAUACUUUUAUAUGUAUCCAUGGCAGUUGCUACAAGUGUCAAUGUUACUCCUAAACAUAUGAAAGUGUUAAAAAAACAAAACAACAAACACUAAAAUAUGUUUAUUAUUAUAUAUCAUAGAAAUCUCAAUGCUGUCCAUCAGUUUACUAGAUAAUUAUUCAUUAUCACACGACUAGGCAGACAUAACUGGAGACACUCAGUCACACUCUCUUUUUAUUGCUCUGACAAUGUAACUUUUUUUUUUCAAUACAAAAAAUGGAAUAUGUGUGAAGAAAAGGCAAAUGCUGGCAUAAUGAUGUCCAUGUAAUGAUGUCAUAACAGACUGAAUCUCUGAUUUCUUUUUGUAAACUGCCAAUGUUUCUUAUAACAUAUUUCUAUUAUUUAGCAGGGAUUUUAUUUUUGGUUUGUUACAUCAAAUUUAAGGCAUUAGUUACCCUAACAACUACCACAUUUCAGAAAUUUUUUUUU